AUGAUCCAGGGUAUUAACACCGAGAUGACGAUGGCUGCUGCUGGAGUUGCAAAGUCAGGAUUGUUAGAGGUUCUUGUUCGUGAUCAGUGGUGUCGAAUCCUUGCCGCACUCGACGAAGAAACCUUGACGAUCAGUCUCGAGGAUGGGCAUGACAUCAACGGCGUAAGCAAUGGGAAUAAUAACGACGGGGGAAACAAGACGAACCCGUCUUCUACGACUCCGGGAGGCAACAACUCCAAUCGGAACAACGACUCCAUCCGCUAUUCGGAUUACAUGCAUCAUCUGCAAGGAAGUGAUACCAUUCCGGACUCCAUCGCAAACCAGAAGAGAAUCAUAAGGGUUGUCAAGCAAGAGGUUGGAGGACUGGGGAUAAGCAUCAAAGGAGGGAAGGAGAACAAGAUGCCCAUCAUUAUCAGUAAGAUCUUCAAGGGACUUGCUGCUGAUCAGACAGAAUCUUUGUAUGUUGGUGAUGCGAUCCUGUCAGUCAACGGAGAAGACCUACGAGAUGCUACUCAUGAUGAAGCUGUCAGAUUGCUCAAGAGAUCAGGCAAAGAAGUCACGCUUGAAGGUAAUAACCACUUCCGUUUUUUAUCACAAGGGACCAGGGGGUCUUAUUCACUUUAAGACAUUUUUUAAAGCACUGCAUUUUUUCUUUUAAUUACUUGCAGAUGCGUUUACUACAGAGAGUCCUCCAGCUCUGCAAAGUUCUGUUUACUCAUUCUUACACUUGAGUUUUAAAGUGUAUUUUAACAACUUUUUUUAUUAUUAUUUUUUUUAUUAUCAGUAAUAAAAAUAUUCCAUAAUACUUCAUGAUCUGUCAUACUUUGCUAUUGACUGUUUGUGAUAAAACUUCAUCAUAAUUAUGUUUGUUCGAGAUUAUUAUGUUCUUUCAUUUUAAUUAUCUCAAAAUGUCUUGCCAUAAAAUCAACAUGUGGGUGUUUCCAGUGAGACUAGACAAGUAAAAAUAUCUCUAUGAUUGUAUUGGGUAUUGAAAGAUUGGCCUAUUUAUGCUAUCCUAUACUAUUUCUGAACAGAUUUUUUGUCAGACAAGACAGCAAUUUGAUGAUUUUGUUUAAAGCAAUAUUUCAUAAAUUUUACAAUACAAAUUGAUGUUGGAACUUGGAAGUAUUUUCAAUAAAGAAUGACUGUUCUCAAAGUUGUGUUCCAUUCAAUGAAUACAUUGUGAAAUUUAAAAUCAAAUGGCUGAAUUGAAAGGGUGGUUGUUGUAUAUUCAGAAUUCAGACCUCUAUUACCCCCCCCCCCCUCCUCCCUCUUACAAAUUUGUAUUGACC